CGAUCUCAGCAGCAGCAAAUACCUGUGGUGGAUUUCCAGGCGGAACUGAGACAGGCAUUCUUAGCUGAGACACCAAGAGGUGGUUAAAGCAGUAUUGGAACAUCCAGGUAGCUGAUUUCCAAGUGAAAAAACAGCCUUCCCUUAGGUCUUAAGGAUCCUGAAACCUUACUGUGGACAUUGGAUUUGGUGGAACAGCAACCAUGACUGUGGGAAACAGCAGCAAGAUGCUGCAGCACAUUGACUACAGAAUGAGAUGUAUCUUGCAAGAUGGCCGAAUCUUCAUUGGCACCUUUAAGGCUUUUGACAAGCAUAUGAACUUGAUCCUCUGUGAUUGUGAUGAAUUCAGAAAGAUCAAGCCAAAGAAUGCAAAGCAGCCAGAGCGUGAAGGAAAGCGGGUUUUGGGUCUGGUGUUACUACAUGGGGAGAACUUGGUUUCCAUGACUGUGGAAGGACCACCCCCCAAAGAUACUGGCAUUGCUCGGGUACCACUUGCUGGAGCUUCAGGAGGUCCUGGGGUUGGCAGGGCAGCUGACAGAGGAGUGCCAGCUGGUGUUCCAAUUCCCCAAGCUCCUGCUGGAUUAGCAGGCCCUGUCCGAGGGGUUGGGGGGCCAUCCCAACAGGUAAUGACUCCACAGGGAAGAGGCACUGUAGCGGCUGCUGCAGUUGCUGCCACUGCCAGCACUGCUGGAGCCCCAACUCAGUACCCACCAGGACGGGGGACCCCACCCACUCCUGUGGGCGGAGCAACACCACCUCCCGGCAUUAUGGCUCCUCCACCUGGUAUGAGACCACCCAUGGGCCCACCAACUGGGCUUCCCCCUGCUCGAGGGGCGCCAAUAGGCAUGCCCCCUCCAGGAAUGAGACCCCCUCCACCAGGAAUUAGAGGUCCACCUCCCCCAGGAAUGCAUCCACCAAGACCCUAG